CAGAUAAGUGGACAGACAAAGCAAACAAGACGACUGCAUUUUGAAAAACACUUCGACAGACCUUUUGGAAUAUCUCCUCCAAUUCAAGUAAAGUUGGUACUCAUACUUUCUUGAAGCUGCAGAGAUGGCAGAGAGCAGCGGUUCACCAUUGUCAUCCUACAUCAUGGAUGAGGAAACUCUGAAGAGAAAACAAAAAGAGAAGCUGAAGAAGCUGAUGGCUACAGGAGGCAACCCAAGGCCUGCACGCUCUCUCCUCUUCCUGACACUGAGGAAUCCCUUCCGCAAGGCCUGCAUCAGCAUUGUGGAGUGGAAACCAUUUGAAAUCAUAAUCCUACUGGCAAUCUUUGCCAACUGCGUGGCCCUGGCCGUGUACCUGCCCAUGCCCGAGGAAGACAGCAACAACACCAACAGCAAUCUG